AUGGAAGUAGCUACAUUAGUCCGUGAAGCCGGAAUAGGAAUUGGUAUUGACGCUGAAGAGCCCUUGCUCGAUGAAAUCAUUGCCUCACUGAAGACAGAAUACAUUGUUCAUGAUUGGCAAUUGGCCAAGUUGGAUUCUUCUCAAUGGCGGGCUUUGGGAGCUCCCAUGGGAUUGGCAGUUGCCAUUCAAACUAUGAUUCAAGAGGAACAAGAAAUAAACAUGCCAAAAGGCAAAGCUCAUCAGAACAAAAUGAUGGAGCCCGAACGAUUUUCCUCGAGUCUCACAUCCCGGUCAUCUCAGGCAAUUCAAGAGAAGGAUCAGCUCACAUAUAGCAUGCGGUCGUCGAAUGGUAGCACAGCCGCUAUUCGAAAGAAUCCUCACAAAACCAUGGAGAAAACAUCCUUGUUCAACAGACAUGCUGGCCUUCAAGUUAUGGAGGGCAAGAGUCCUACUACUGCUGAAGGUGCUUUGAACGAGGCAGAAACAGAUGAGGCCAAUGAUGCUUCUGAAAUCCUGCGUCCUGAAAGCACUUCGCCGCAAGAACAAUCACAAAAGCCUGUCGAACCGCAAAAGGGUGCUGCUGCUACCUGUAGUCUUAACAACAAGAGGUGUUGUGGAAAGGAGGUCGCGGACUGCUUUCAUUCCAUGAUGAAAACGGAUUUGACCGUCGAGGGUACCUCUUGUUUUGUCAUGUCCAAGUUGUUUGAUCAAGCCCUGUUGCAUGCCAAGACAGGUGCUGAUUUGAAGGCGCACACCAUGUUUGUGAUUGAAUUGUCCGUGGUGGCAUCGGCCUUGUUCCUGGGCGCCGCUAUUGAACUUUGGGGGGCUUUUCCUUUGGAUUCCGUCACGGACGAUGUCUCCAUCCAUGGCGGGGUCCCCCAAGCUUUGGCGUUUGCAUUUAACAUGACGAGCGCUCUCCUCAUCAUCUCGCAACUGUUGUGUGCUUCUGCCUGGAUCUGGUCCCUGCGAGUAAUUAGUGCGGUGGUGCCCAACAAGUUCCAUCAAUAUGUCGUGGAAACUCGUCACUUUGCCGAUUACAUCAAUUCCAUGUCCAUGGUAGGUUUCAGCUUGUUUGCAUUGGAUUUGUUCCUGCUGCUGGCGGGUAUGAGUAUGGCAACAACCGACAAUUGGAUUGUCAAUGGUUGCGCCCUCGGCGUUACCCUCCUAGUAUUCAUCGCGGGAACCAUUGGUGUCCAAAAGGUUUGCUCCUUCCAGGGCAGAGUGACCUAUCACGGAAUGUUGAUGACCACACAAGAUCCUAGUCCUUCUGCCGUUCUGGCGGACAAACCAGAAGAGUCACAUUUCAAGCAACGAGAAGAUAUGUUGCACCGAACCUUUGAGCGGAACUCGAUUUUGCACGAGAGUAAGGCGCUGGAUGCCUACAGUCAAACUUGCAAUCCUGACUUUUGUGCUUUGUCAUGGUCUGAUCAUUACUACUGA